GUGUGAACUGAAGAAAUUCCACUACUCACCUCAUGAUAAUGAUGAGGCGCGGCUAGCAGACCUCAAUGAGCAUGUCCAAAUGGAUCAGUGGAAGGCCCUCAUUGAGUUUUGGAACUCUGAAGAGGGAAAAGUCCGUAAUAAGAUAAAUACGGAAAAUCGGAGAAAACAACGCAUUAGCCACACUACAGGCACGAAGAGCUUUGCGCGAAUACGUGAAGAAGAGAGAAAGAAGAGAGCCAAUGGGGAGGAUUUGACCCGAGUAGAUAUGUUCUUGUUGACACAUAAACGCAAGAAUGGGAUGCCUGUGGAUGAGGCCUCAGCAAGAGCAAUGCAGCCAGAGGCUUCACAGAACAGCACUGCGGGGAAAGAUAUAUUCUCAGAAGUCAUGGGUGACGAACGACAUGGCCGUGCCCGCGCUUACGGGUUAGGUCCCUCUCCUUCUGAUAUAUGGGGCACAACAUCCCACAGUGUCCAGUCCCAAGGGAUGACCUCCAAUGCUCAGAAGAGAGAUGAGCAAUAUGAGGAAUUGCAUGCUGAAAUAUCUUCCCUAAGAGAAACUAUGGCUGAAAGAGAUGCUCAAAUAUCUUCACUAAGAGAAACUAUGACAACAUUUAUGGCUGCCAUAACGAAUCCAAGCAUUAAUCUAGCUACAUUAUUAGGUGUUUCAGCUAAUCCCAACUUGAACCAACCCUCCUCAUCAUCAAGCCACUUGGUUCCAACCCCUCAGAGAGACUUGGCGAAUAAGGGGAAUUCUACGAGUUGCACUAAUGUGACUCAAGUUCUUCUUAAGAGUAUUGUAAGGCCUGGGGAUACUGUAGCUAAAGGAACCGUUUUGAGCACGGAUCCAUUGACAAAAGUAGGGGGGCAAAAACUUGGAGUUGGUUUCUGGGAAGUAUCUGUUCAAGUGGCAAUGGUACGUGAUGAGGAUUUGAUAAGGACCCAUGGACGAUAUAAAACAAUUGGGGAUGCAAUUGGAACGAGUAUUGCUUGGCCCACUACUUUAUGUAUGGUUGCAGACAGAAAUGGAUGAUGACUACAUGAGAGAAGUUUUUAUUAAGUAUUUGGAACUGUAAACAUCUUUUGUAAGUGGGGGUAGUAGGGAUCUGUGGUUUCAGACUUUUGGAUUGAGUUAGACACAUCUAAACAGUUUAUUUUUAUCUUAGUUUAAUUAUAGAGGGCACAUCUAAACUCAUCUAAUCUCUUUAAUUUAAUCUUAGUUUUAUAAGAUUAUGAUUUGUGAUUUGAA